CUUUACUGUAAAAAUUACAUUAAUACUCUAAAGCAUUCUAUUGAAUUAUAUAACGAGAAGGAAAAAAAAGCGCGGAAAGGCACUCUGUUCUUUCCGGUACGGACGAGGAUUUCCGUUCCCGCAUUCUCCCUGAAUUUCCAAAAAUAUCCCCACUUUCCCGCUCUUAACAAGCUGGUAAAUCACGUAAUUAUAUCCAACUUUGAGGGGCAAAUUCUCUUCCCUCGCUCUUCACACCCUGCUCUUCUUCCAUUCCCCUGUUUCCCAUACAGCAGAAAAAUGUCAGUACUAAAUCGAAAUUUCUAUAUCGUAAAUGGUUCUACAAAUACGGUUGUUGUUAAGUGCAAAAACGAACUGUCAAAUGCAAGCGAUGAAUGUUGAUAGCCAUUUUCCCGGCGCCGGCGGAAAAAUUCCGGCUGGAAAUGAAGAUGCGGUUGGAAAUUUUCCGGUUGGGUAUGGAGCUGUGGUGGAUGGUGAUAAGGUCACGAUGCCUCAUUACACAGUUUAUAGUGCUUCUGAUGUUGUUAUUCAAAAUGGAAAGGCUAAUUUAGACCAACUCACUCUAUCGUUUCGUGGCAAAAUUUACGUUUUUGAUGGUGUUACUGCUCAUAAGGUCCAAUCGGUUUUUCAACUUUUGGGUGGAUAUGAGUAUUCUCCAGGCACACAGGCUUUAGGAUUGUCGAGUGCAAACCAGAAGGAUUAUGUGGACAAUCCAGUGCACUGUUCAGAUCCAAAAAGACUUGAAUCCCUCAUUAGAUUUUAUGAAAAGAGGAAAAAGAGAUGCUAUGAAAAGAAAAUCAGAUAUGGUGUCCGACAAGAAGUUGCGUUCAGAAUGAAGCGUAAGAAUGGCCUAUUUGCUCGAAAAGGUUCGACUGAACCAAAACAGGAGGACAUCCCUCCAGAAGAAACUUGGUGCACUCAUUGUGGAACUAGUUCAAAGGCCACCCCUAUGAUGAGGCGUGGUCCUGAUGGCCCAAGGAGUCUUUGCAAUGCAUGUGGCCUCACUUGGGCAAAUAAGGGGAUAAUGAGGACUCUCUAUAGGGCAUCCUAUGACAAUACUGAGCUCACAGAACUAGAGGAUGAAGAUCACAACAACACUAACUAUAGAUCUCCACCAUGUUCCGUCUCUUAUCAAGUUCCUUCGUCAGCCUGCCAGUGACUCCUCAGUUCUGGCACCUCGACAAAGACUUUGAUGCCUUAGAAAGAGCCAUAGUACAUCAACGUGUCUUCUUCUCAUCCGACUGGAAGAUUUUAUAUACUUACUACAGUUUAUAUUGACAGAUUAACAACUUAGCUAAAAUUUGUUGGUGAAAGCAAAGGAUCUCUCUCAUGCACUUGUAUCUACCGGUCCUAUAGCUGAAGUUCGAUAGGGAUUUGCAGUUUCUCGCAUCAAGACCUGAUAUAUUAAACAGUCUUUUUAAUUUAUAUUUGAUCUUGUUACAUAUCCAGCAUCUAGAUUAAGCUUAUUAUUAACUUUAACCAAACAUGUUUGAACCUUUUGUAUAUUGAAGUUGGCCUCUUUGGAUAAUCAUAAUCUUAUUCUGAAGAACGAUCAUAUUAUCUAUACUUUCACAUGUGAUGACUGAUGUACAUAUUAUUUUCAUAUCCUCAGCUCCCUCAUGAGGGGGGAGCC